GACCGUGUUGAUAUGAGUCUAAACUCGAGCGGUCAAAACCCGCAUGCACGCAAAUUUCCUCCAAAAAAAGCUAGAGCAUAAUGUAAAUUAGUAAUAUCCUCAGGCACCCACCAAACAAACACCCGUCUAUAAAUAAAACAACUUGGAUCCUGAUCACGGGCACACAUGAAGUAAGAAAUGAAUAUGAAAACGGCCGAUGCCUUGUUGACACUUGUGGUUAUACCACUGUUUCAUGGUCUAGUUCAUGAAGCUGCACCAGUGGCUGGCCUAAAUCCCUAUCCAGCACAAUCAGUGACAGCACCGCGAAGCACGGCGGCGAGAGAGUACCUACUAUCACACAAUCAAGCAAGAGCAGCGGUGGGGGUUGGGCCUCUUAAGUGGAGCGAAAUGCUGGCCAAUGCCACCAGCAGACUCGUCAGGUACCAAAGAAACAAAAAGAACUGUCAAUUUGCAAAGUUGGGCGGUAACAAGUUCGGAGGAAACCAACUAUGGGCGAGCGGAGCACGUGAGCCAAGCGCUGUCGUGAACUAUUGGGCGCAAGACAAGGAGUUCUACGAUUACGUAAGCAAUUCCUGUGCACCAAAUCACGAUUGCGGCGAGUAUACUCAAGUGGUGUGGAGGAAGUCCUUGGAGUUGGGAUGCGCACAAGCUGUUUGUGACAAGUCCAGUUUAAGCAUUUGUUUCUAUAAUCCUCCUGGCAAUUAUAAUGGGGAGAGACCAUACUAGCCUUUUGGUUUAAAGGUUGUUUGCGAGUCUUGAACAGUACUAAAUAAGGAAUAAUGGUGUUCAAAGCUCUGUUCUUUAACAAGCGAACA